AUGCGCUCCUUAUACAACCUGCUCGGGGUAGACAACGAUCACUAUGCCCUGCCAUUCGUUACGUCGUGGGCGUUCGGCCCUGGUAUCCUCGCCGUCGUUCGCCUACUGAUAUCAUCAUACGCGUUCGUUGUUAUCUUCGUUACAUACGGCGUGCGCCCUGAAGGCAUCGGCCACUCUUUCUCCUACUUCACAGAACUGAGUUACUGGGGCGUUGCUUUCUACACCCUUAUCGCGGGGAUACACGGGGUGGUAUACUCCUUGCGCGGACGAAGCUGGCUUGACAGCUGGCCCCGACCUUUGCAGGCUCUUCAUGGCUUCUACUACACAACUAUCGUCACGUUUCCUUUCCUAGUCACUAUUGUGUACUGGUCGAUUCUUUCACCCGAUCCGUGGUACACGGUGGGUGUGGACAGAUGGCGAGAUCUCUCCAAGCACGGUCUGAAUUCCGCAAUCGCUCUGUUCGAGCUUAUUCUGCCUGCCACUCGACGGCCUCCCUGGCUGCAUCUACCUGGUCUUAUCUUUCUGCUAGCGCUCUACCUUGCUUUGGCUUACAUCACACACGAAACGGAGGGCUUCUAUCCGUACAACUUCCUCGACCCGAACGAUGGCACUGGCACGCUAGUUGGGUAUAUUUUCGGAAUUUUGGCAGGGGCUUGCGUGAUCUUCAUAAUUGUGUGGUUCGCCAUCUGGGCGCGAAAGAGCUUCACGCCAGAAGGGAAGAAAUCGCGCUACGACAACGAAGGGAUCCGUGGCGCCGAUAUCGAGAUGGUGGCGAGCCAAACGGCUAAGGGUCCGCAAGCAAAUCACGAUCACGGCGAGAGGCGGGUGUAG